AUGCCUCAGUAUCUGGUCAGGCUUGCGCAAGCUCACGAGAGUUUCCGCAAAGUUGAGUUGCAGGCCUUGGCAGAUGUUGCGGGCGUAAAACUGCAGUUUGUCAAGUAUGAGGAAGAUUCUCCCUACUGCAUCGUCGAACUUCCCUCAGAUGCUGCGGCGCGGAAGCUUAUUGCUCGUAGCAUGCUUUCACAAGGCAUAUAUGAGCUGUGGGGCCAAGGAGAGGAGUACGGCACUCUCCACAAGUCGGUCCGCAGACUAACCGCCUCAAAAUGGGCUCAGUACGAAAGUGCAUCCUUCCGCUUUACCGUAGAAGGCUACCGCGGAGGCAGAUCAAGCGAUGAACAGCGCGAGAUUAUCGACAGCUUCUCUUACUUAGCCUUCAAGGGCCCGCCGCGAAUGCGCGAUCCUGACGUGGCCUUCCGCGUGUUUGAAGACUACGAGCUCGACGCCAAACAGCCAAAAUACCUGUACUUUGGUCGCUUUAUCGCCGACUCGUGUCGCAAUGAGGCCAAGAAGAAGUUUGACCUCAAGAAGAGACAUUACAUUAGCACAACAUCCAUGGACGCAGAGCUUACGCUAGUCACAGCCAACAUUGCACAUGUGGCGCCAGGCAAGCUAUUCUACGAUCCGUUCAUGGGCACAGGCGGAUUUCCGAUCGCGUGUGCUAAUUUUGGAGCCGUGGUGUUUGGAAGCGAUAUUGACGGCCGCACCAUUCGGGGUACGGGCGGAAGUGCCAGAAGAGGGCAGACGGGUAAAUACGACGUAGUCGGCAACUUUAAGCAAUACGGCUUCGAACCAAGAUAUCUGGGCGCCUUAAUUUCCGACCUCACCAAUACGCCACUGAGGAUGCUGCCGACUAGUAAUCAGCAAGGCAAAGGCUACCUAGACGGCAUCGUUUGUGAUCCGCCGUACGGCAUCCGCGAAGGCCUCAAGGUCCUUGGGUCACGACAAGAGCUUUUGGAAAACGAGCGGAAAUCACAUCAAGAUCAGUUCAAAGAACCGGGAUAUAUUCCACCAAAGCGGCCGUAUUCUUUUACUGCGCUGCUCGACGACAUACUUGCCUUUGCUGUUGCUACACUGGUCGAAGACGGGCGCAUCAGCAUGUGGAUGCCCACUGCCAAUGACGAAGACGUUGAGCUCAUCAUACCCUCGCAUCCAGGGCUCGAGCUGACGUCUGUAUGCGUGCAAGCCUUCAACAAAUGGUCGCGCCGACUCUUGACGUACCGGCGUCGGCGCGAGUCAGAGAUACCCGAGGGCGCCUUGGAGACUGUCAAGAGAGAAUAUGAAAAGGGCACAAGAGCUAGUGAGUUGAAUGAUUUCCGCCGAAAGUAUUUCCAGGGCUUCAAAGAGUUUGAGAGCAUGAAGAAGGAGUUUGUGAGGAUGAAGAUGGAGCCCAGGGUCGAGGCGGAGACGGCCGAUGCGAAGAUUGGGGAACAUGUCAGUGGUACCUGAGCAGUGUUCAAGCAUUGUUCACAGAGUCUUACGGCUGAGGUAGAGGCGUGCAUGUUGGGGUAAUAAGUUCUCCUGAAUAACGCCAGUUUCUCCACAAGCAGCGACCAGGACGCCCGUGCUGAUACCGAUUGGUGGAAACGCUUUGGUCGUCUUACUCUCCAGUGCAAUAUUCCUCGCGAUAAGCUUUUUGGCAGGAAAUAAGGAACGGUGACAGGUCAUCCAACGUCGUUUUUAAAGUUGGUCUAUUUUUGGAAAUCUGACCUGCCCAGUAUAAAGUCCUGAGGCAUCUCGGUGGUUAAUAAUGGACCACUUUGAUAGCAACCGAGACUUGUCAGCAUCCUGCUUCACACCACAAAUCAUUCAAUAUGUAUCUCAACUCAGC